AUGACGUUUUCGUCGACACUCCAGCUCCGGAUUUUCGGAGACCAUUCAUUAGAUAAGAAGAUGGCGAGUCCACGCGGGUUUGAGAGGGAUGGAGACAACAACGCGGAGCUGCGGUGCUCCAUCUCCAGCGACGGCAAGUGGCCGAGCUUGAAGCGAGAAGACGUGCUGCUGGAAGGCACCCAGAGCGGCGGGGGGUCGACUGGAUACGCGGAUUCGACGCUUCAAGGUGGAAAUAACGCCAUGAAUGGUGCGUUGACGAUACCUGUGAGCUGUGAAGGAAGCGCUUCUUCUUCUUCGCACUCGGAUUGGCACGCCAUCUCGUCGAAUUCCUUCGAUGAGACGUACUUGGAGAGCGACUACGGCAGUGGAGGCACAACGGGGAUGUCCAUGUCUUCGUCCAGUUCUUCUCUCAGUCACUUGAAUGAACCCAUGAACAAGCUCGCGUUGGAGAGUGAAGAACACGAUAUGCCAGUCAUCUCGAUGCCAUAUCCUGGUUCCAGCUGGUUCCUGGGUGGCAAGACGGAGAAUGGCUUCUGUCUGCCUUCUCUCGGAGGCCUCACUCCUCGCUCACAAGCGUUGAGUGCCGUGACAACCGAGAUCAGUGCCACAUUUAGCGCCAGCUGCCCUCCAAGUGCUCACUCUAGCGGCGUGGAUUACUCUGCCACUGGAAAACUCGCUGGUGAUGCCGGAUCUUGUCCCUCGAGUGCUCACUCUCCGGAGACUAUGACUCCAUGUCUGCCACAUACACUGGAGCCUUCGGAAUUGCUUUUUGAAGACAUGAGUACGUGGUCUGGACCCCCCGCUGACACCUACGACAAUCAACACUAUCAUCAGCAACAAGGCCAACCAUUCUAUAACGUAACAUCGCACCCACCUGCACCCAACGGCUAUCUCUACUUCGACUCGGCCACUCAGGCCACCAGUAGCGCCAUGUCGACUCCUCUUCACGAUUACACACCUUCGUAUCAACACCAUCCGCUGCCUUCAGCUGGACCUUCGCUGUAUCGACUGAUGCAGGGCCAUGAAUCGUUCCCCUCAGAUUCCCACUGGAGCUCCAACCAAGCACACGGUCACUAUUCCACGCCUUCAACCGCGAGCUCCACACCCACCGAGUCAGUAAAGAGUCAAAACCAGCACGCGGCUGAACAAGGGAACACUAUUAAGCGCAUACUGCGCUCUUCCACGCUCAACCAACGUCUGCCCUCAACAGGGAGCAUGUUGCUCCCAGCAGCCAUCCCCAAGCCUAAUAACCCGAUGACGAUGAAGCCAAUGCCGCUCCCAUCCACGAAUCCAGUGUCUCCCAACCAGUCUGCACGGAUCCAGUUGCUAACAGCGUUAAAUGACUGUUACUGGAAGAAUGGGCGAAAGAAUCUGCAGUGCUUCCCGUCGUGUCCCGAACACCACGACUUUUACUCCAUGAAGAUGAACAACCGCAAACAUUCCAGUGUCGGUGUGUGUCGUGGUCCAGUGUAUUGUCACGCCUUCACAGACGCGUCCGAGUUCCUGCCAGCAGCGUCGACGCAGCAGAUGAAGCACGAACAUGGAGGCGUGCCGUCUGGAGGCAAUAAUGCUCGAGAAUUGUUCGUACUCGGUCGAUUCGAGCGUGUGCCUCAGCAAGAAACCACCAAUCUAUUGGAGGAACUCAAUGCGCCUCCGUCCUUCCCGAACGCCGCGGUAUUCGAGCAGUUCCGGUUCACAUGCUUCCAGGCGGUCGAGAUGGAAGAGCGGCGUGUAUUGUUACCAGAGUCGCCGGAGUCCAAGAAGGCCGACAAGCGCUUUAUUCGAAGCACGUGGUUCUUCUUGCCUGAUGUGUGGAAGGUGCAGCCGAUGCUCAAGAAGAAGCGCAAGGCCACACGCUCGGCGCCGGCGCAGACGUUCCCGUUCUGCUUCCGCAUCUUCAUCUACACGCGCGACGUCAAUGGCCCUGGCUAUUCGUGCAUCGCUGACGCAGCCUCAAGCUUCUUCGAGCUCUACUCGACGCGGACUGUUGACCGGGUCAAGCGCAAGUACUGGAGUGGCGAGAGCUCGUCCGACCAGCGCAAGCGUGUCUGA